AUGUUCACACAACCCGUCUCAUCUCCUCCUCCCGGGCCGCAGGGUGCCAACCCCGUCCCCGUCUCGCCGUCUCGCCCAAGCCGACUCCGAGGGUUGACCUACUUGCGCAACUACACCCACAACCAUUUGUUGUCGCGAGACUCACACCACUCAUCCUCAUCAUCCACCAACACCAACGCCAACGCCAGCUCAUCCCAUCGCAGCAGCCAGACGCAGAAUGGCAACUUGACCCGAUCCGUCAGCUACACCCCGUCGUCGACAAUUUCCCCCGCUUCGCAAAACCCCAAUCGUCUCACUCUUGUCAGCACAUCCCCCGACGCCACGUCUUCAUUGUCGCCGCGGGUAAAUCCACGAGAGAAUCACGGUGCCUCAUCCAACACCCCCCCGCCAACGAUUCCAGAGACGACCAGUUCUACGUCCACGCAGGCUUGGGCGGCGAGCCAAACCACUUCGCCAGACUCGACACCCAACGGCGGCCAGUCCAACAUGGCUGCAACGAGACCUCGUGCUGUGAGCGAUGCCCCCGCAGCCUCGUCUGCCACAAAUGGUACUACUGCUCCUGCCUCUGCCUCUGCUGCGGCCAACGGCGCCCCAGAGACAGUGCCGUCAAUACGCUUCUCCGCACACUACGACCUUCGAUCGACUCGGCCCUCGCUCUCCUUCUCCCCCAUUUCGAGAACCCUGCCAAAUGGCACCGAGAUCAUUCGUGUGGGGCGAUAUUCAGAACGAGAUGGCCAGGCCGCCAAUAUGAAUAACAACCAGCCGUCCGCAGCACCAGUGGGUUUCAAGAGCAAAGUUGUGAGUCGCCGACAUUGCGAGUUCUGGUGCGAAGAUGGCAAGUGGUUCAUCAAGGAUGUCAAGAGCUCGUCUGGGACCUUUUUGAACCACAUUAGGCUGAGCGCCCCGUCGCAGGAGAGCAAGGCAUUUCCGGUCAACGACGGCGACAUUGUCCAGCUGGGCAUUGACUUUAAGGGCGGCGAGGAGAUGAUUUUCCGCUGCGUCAAGAUGAGAUUGGAGCUGAACCGCGGCUGGCAGAGCAAGCUGAACAGCUUCAACGUCGCAGCUCACAAACGUCUCCGGACCAUGGCGACGGGCGCCCCUGCGGGAGCAGCGUCUGGAUCGAGCUCACAAAGCUCGCAAGAUUGCUCCAUUUGCCUGAAUUCUAUUGCGCCAUGCCAAUCUUUAUUUGUCGCACCGUGCUCUCACACAUGGCACUUUAAAUGUGUGCGAUCACUUUUGACGUCGUCGCAAUAUCCCAUCUUUGUCUGCCCCAACUGUCGGGCAGGAGCCGAUCUCGAGGCCGAUGUGGAUGAGCCAUCUGAAGAAUGGCAGCAACUAGACGACGAUGGCUUGGAUGCGGAUAAAAAGGAAUCCGAAAAUCCACAACCAGAGGAACCCCCUGUUGCCGAGUCCACAGAAGCCGCGGCACCAGACCCGGAUGCUAUGGAUGUAGAUGUUACAAUGAGUGUCAAUGAGUCAGACAGCCCCCAGGAAAGGCCGACAGGCAACUCGUUGCACACAGCCUCAGAGCCGCUGCCUAUCACAAAUCCAGCCUCGGGCUCGGGGCGUGUAGGCCAUUUACGUGAGCACCGAUCCCCAUCACCAUCAUCCAGCGGGGCAGAGGGCCCCAUCACGCCGAGAAACAAUGCUGGACCGUGGGUAUUUGACGGCAGUGCAGGGCAGCGGGCUGCUACUGGCAGCCCCGAAAUGCGAAGCCUAGAUGCUGCAGCUGAAAUGGAUGUCGGCGGCGGUGCUAACCAGAGCGAUGAUUCCAUUCGCUGA